AUGGCUGUCCCACAGCGGCAUGUGUCCUACGACACCUACGCUGAGAGUGUCACAGAUGAUUCGGCAUCGGGUUCAGGGACAACGGGAUCGACAAAAUCGGCGAGAGAGAGCGUAUUCCAGUUUGUUAGGGAGAAUGGAAGGACGUAUCAUUCGUAUCAGGCUGGCACUUAUCUGCUUCCGAAUGACCAAUCGGAGAUCGAUCGCCUCGAUCUGCAAUAUGAGAUUCUCAGGAAUCUGAUGGGCAACGCAUUGUUCAAGGCUCCCAUCCACAACCCCCACAAGAUCUUGGAUAUCGGUACAGGAACGGGCAAGUGGCCCAUUGAAAUCGCCAACCAGUUCGAAUAUGCAGAAAUCACCGGCACCGACCUCUCCCCCAUCCAGCCCGACUCGAUCCCCCCCAACGUCAAAUUCGUCAUCGACGACGCCAACGAAGAAGAUUGGAUGAUCAACGAAAACAGCUACGACUUCAUCCACACGCAGAUGCUCCUCGGCUCCUUCGACGACUUCCGCCAAAUCAUCCGCCGCGCUUUCCGCUACGUCAAGCCCGGCGGCUACAUGGAGUCCGUCGAGCUCUACCCCACCGUCUACUGCGACGAUGGCACCAUGCCGCCCGACUGGCCCGUCGCCGCUUGGGCGCGCAUGCAGGACCAGGCCGCGAUGAAUAUGGGGAAGCCCGUGCGCAUUGGGAACAAGUUGAAGCGCUGGUACGAGCAGAACGGGUUCGUAGACGUGCGCGAGGAGGUGUAUAAGGUGCCGUUGAGCCCGUGGCCGCGCGAUCCGAAGUGGAAGAUGCUGGGGAAAUUUCAUCAGGAGGUCAUGCUGGAGGGGUGCGCGGGAAUCUCCAUGGCGUUUUUCCAUCGGGGACUGGGGUGGACGCAGGAGGAGAUUGAGGUGUAUUUGGUGCCGGUGAGGAAGGCGUUCCAUAAUCGCUCGGUGCAUGCGUAUCAGAAGAUUUACGUCGUCUGGGGCCGCAAGCCUGAGGACGCCGUGAACCCUCCACGCCGCCCGACGCCCCCUGGACCCGAUCCGACCGGAAUCCCUUGA